AGUUCCGGGCGCCCUUGAGCGAGCCAAUAGGAACAUAGGUAGAGGGAGCUAAGCGCCGGUCAUGGGGGUGGCUGGAAGCUGCGAGAGGUGGACGUUUAUCUGGGAGAUUUAGUUUGGCGCCUGGGGCUGGCGGUAGUGCAAAAGGGAUUCCAUCGGUAAGGAGUUUCGGGUAGGAAGUACGGAGUGGAGAACCAGGCGACGGGGAGACGGCCAUAGACAAGUUUAAGAAGUUCUUUUGUAGACAAGACUGAUCAAAAGUUGUGCAAGUCGGCGACUGUUGCAUGGUACUGAGCGACCAUUCAUCCUUUGGAUAAUCAUGGGCCAGACGGGGAAGAAAUCUGAGAAGGGACCGGUGUGUUGGCGGAAGCGGGUGAAAUCGGAGUACAUGCGCUUACGGCAACUCAAGAGAUUUAGACGAGCAGAUGAAGUAAAGAGCAUGUUUAACACAAAUCGGCAGAAGAUUAUGGAACGAACUGAGAUUUUAAAUCAAGAGUGGAAACAGCGCAGAAUCCAGCCUGUGCAUAUAAUGACUACAGUCAGUUCUUUACGAGGGACUAGAGAGUGCUCUGUGACCAGUGAUUUAGAUUUUCCAAAGCAAGUUAUACCUUUGAAAACACUCACUGCUGUAGCCUCUGUGCCUAUUAUGUAUUCCUGGUCUCCUCUCCAGCAGAAUUUUAUGGUCGAAGAUGAAACUGUUCUGCAUAAUAUUCCAUAUAUGGGCGAUGAGGUUUUGGACCAAGAUGGCACAUUUAUUGAAGAACUCAUUAAAAAUUAUGAUGGAAAAGUUCAUGGAGACAGGGGUAUUUGUUGUAUUGCAGAAUGCGGUUUCAUUAAUGAUGAGAUAUUUGUGGAGUUAGUCAAUGCAUUGGCUCAAUACAGUGAUUAUGAAGACGAUGAAGAUGGAGAUGACAAUCAAGACGAUGAGCAGGAUGACACGGCAAAAGAUCAAGAUGAUAACAUGGAGGACAAGGAAACUCAACCUCUCAGAAAGUUUCCCUCUGAUAAAAUUUUUGAAGCAAUUUCCUCAAUGUUUCCAGACAAAGGUACAUCUGAAGAACUAAAGGAAAAAUACAAGGAAUUAACAGAACAGCAACUUCCAGGGGCACUUCCACCAGAGUGCACCCCAAAUAUAGAUGGGCCAAAUGCAAAAUCUGUACAACGAGAGCAGAGUCUUCACUCAUUCCAUACCCUGUUUUGUAGGCGAUGUUUUAAGUAUGAUUGUUUUUUGCACCCGUUUCAUGCCACUCCUAAUACUUACAAAAGGAAGAACAAUGAAGCGGCAAAUGAUGGAAAACCUUGUGGACCACACUGCUACCAGCUUUUGGAAGGAGCACGGGAGUUUGCUGCAGCUUUGACAGCAGAAAGAAUAAAGACACCACCAAAGCGCCCUAGUGGUCGCCGAAGAGGUAGACUUCCCAACAACACCAGCAGGCCAAGCACACCAACUGUAAAUGUGUCAGAAGCCAAGGACACGGAUAGCGACAGAGAAGCUGGCACGGAAACUGGCGGGGAAAGCAAUGAUAAGGAGGAGGAAGAGAAAAAAGAUGAGACCUCCAGCUCUUCUGAAGCAAACUCCCGCUGCCAGACACCAAUAAAAAUGAAGCCAAAUAUCGAGCCACCUGAAAAUGUGGAAUGGAGUGGUGCUGAGGCCUCCCUAUUUCGAGUGCUAAUUGGAACCUAUUAUGACAACUUCUGUGCAAUUGCAAGAUUGAUUGGUACCAAGACAUGCCGGCAAGUCUAUGAGUUUAGAGUAAAGGAAUCCAGUAUUAUUUCUCCUGUCAUUGCUGAGGAUGUUGACACUCCUCCGAGAAAGAAAAAGAGGAAACACAGGCUUUGGGCAGCACACUGCAGGAAAAUACAACUGAAAAAAGAUGGUUCUUCAAACCAUGUUUACAAUUACCAGCCGUGUGAUCACCCCCGCCAGCCCUGUGACAGCUCAUGCCCCUGUGUCAUAGCCCAGAACUUUUGUGAGAAGUUCUGCCAGUGCAGCUCUGAAUGCCAAAACCGGUUUCCUGGAUGCCGCUGUAAAGCACAGUGCAAUACCAAGCAGUGCCCUUGCUACCUGGCUGUACGGGAGUGUGACCCAGACCUGUGCUUGACUUGUGGGGCUGCUGAUCACUGGGACAGUAAGAAUGUGUCCUGCAAGAACUGCAGCAUUCAGCGCGGUUCCAAGAAGCAUUUGCUUUUGGCUCCUUCUGAUGUUGCUGGCUGGGGGAUCUUCAUCAACGACACUGUACAGAAAAACGAGUUCAUCUCUGAGUACUGUGGAGAGAUCAUAUCCCAGGAUGAAGCUGAUCGAAGAGGGAAAGUGUAUGAUAAAUACAUGUGUAGCUUCCUCUUCAACUUGAACAAUGAUUUUGUGGUAGAUGCAACACGAAAAGGCAACAAAAUCCGAUUUGCAAACCAUUCUGUGAAUCCAAACUGCUAUGCAAAAGUAAUGAUGGUUAACGGAGACCAUAGAAUAGGGAUUUUUGCGAAGAGAGCCAUUCAGACGGGUGAAGAACUCUUCUUUGAUUACAGAUACAGCCAAGCAGAUGCGCUGAAAUAUGUGGGUAUUGAGAGAGAAAUGGAAAUCCCCUGAUUCUAGCUACCUCCUUAUGAAACCCAUGCCUUACCUUCUUCAGGAAUUUCUUACUCGCAAUUUUAGAUACAAAGAGGGGAAGAAAAAUGUGGGAAGCUGAAGUUCUGAGUUACCGAGUACUGUAACAGUAAUUUAUAGUGAUCUGACCAUAACGCAACGACUUUCCUUUGCCAGUUGCAAUGUAUUUUGUACCUAGGAACGUUUGGCAAUAAUGUUAUUCAGGUACAUGUCCCACCUCAAAUAAAAUAUACUUGAACUUCUGUA